GGUUUGUCUGAUUUUGCAACAUGUAAGAAGAGGUGACAUUUGAUCAAACAAAACAAUCAUCAGGGGAACUUAUUACAGUGAACGUAAGUAGCCUGCAUUGUGUCCAUGUUAUUGGCUGUAAGGUCACAGAGUAUCCUCUUAGUGCGUCCAUGUUGUAAAAACUUCCAGCUGGUGAAGCGCACAUUUUCUCACCGUCUGCUUUUACUGUCCCCUGCUUCCCCGGUGCUGUUGUUUUCGUGGAUUCACCCUCAGCCUAUUUUAACGCGCAGAUUUUCUUUCAUUUUUAGUGGUUAUUCCAUGUUUGCGCUUUUACUCGAAACCGGAUUUCGUGCGUUUUUCUGCCGGACUUGACUGGCGCUCGACAGCUGGAUCUGAUCCGUCCUCCUCUCUCCAAAAACGGAGACUGUGUUAGCACAUUUUGACCCCGGUGCGAAGAGAUACGUGCAAGUAGAGAGGCAGCUGAAGCCUUUUAUGGUCAAUCCAACAGUAGAUGAACAUGGACGUGGAUGUGGGUGGAUUCCUUGUCCAGAACGGCACCUAUGACUACGAUGAAGACUACGAGUACAAAGAGGAGAUUGAGGCGAGGGUCAGUAAAGCAGUGUUGCUCCCCAUCCUCUACUCCCUGGAGCUGGUUGUAGGUCUGCUGGGGAAUGCACUCCUACUGGCUGUUCUGGUUCAGAAGAGGCGAUCCUGGAGUAUUUCAGACACCUUCAUCCUCCACCUGAGUGUCUCCGACCUCCUGCUGCUGGUCUCGCUGCCCCUCUGGGCCGCAGAGGCUGCUCAGAUAUCUGGGUGGUGCCGUGGGGGAUUUCUUUGCAAGAUCAGUGGAGCUGUAUUUAAUAUCAACUUCUACUGUGGGAUGUUCCUGCUGCUCUGCAUCAGUCUGGAUUGCUACCUGUCCAUCGUCCACAGCACCCAGCGGUUCUCCCAGAAGAAUCCCAGGUCAGCUCACGUCUGCUGCCUGUCGGUGUGGCUCCUCUCCGUGAUCCUCUCCAUCCCUGACUGUAUCUUCCUGUCUGUGAAUAAUGACACGGGGAAAAGUCUGUGUAACAGCUACUCUCAGUCCCUAUCUACCUCACAGCUGGUGUCCCACCUUCUCCACCUCACACUGGGCUUCCUGCUGCCUGCACUCGCCCUGAUCAUCUGCAGCUCCUUCAUCCUGCUGCGGCUGAAACGAGGCUCUGAGGGUCCUCAAAAGAAGAGGGCCGUUAGACUCCUCCUGACCCUAGUGGUGGUCUUCUUCCUCUGCUGGAUGCCGUACCACAUCAUACUCUUUGUAGACACAAUUAGAAGAAGCUCUAAGGAACGUGAUGGCGGUUUAUCUAGAAAGAGUUCCCAGAUUACAGCUCUGAUGUUCACAUCUGCUGUGGGCUGCCUGCACGCCUGCCUCAGACCUCUGCUCUACUUCGGCCUGUGUGGAAACUUCAGGGAACGGACGCUGGCCAUGUUGACGUGUGCUACAGUAGACUCUAAGGGCUCGCUCUGGGAGCUGGGUGUGGGCGAGGAGGCCCUGCCUGAGCAGAAUCACGAGGAGGAAGAGCUGAAACAGAUGACCGAAACAGAUGACUGUAGAUCAGCAGGUGCAGUCCACUCACUGCUGAAGGAUGGACAAAAUGCCCCCUGUGACUCAGAGGUGGCUUGAAUAUCGCUCCACCCCUGAGGGGGAUUUAGUGUCAUGGGUUCAAGGGAUGGAGGACGGAUAUAUGAGUCUUUCACAUUGCACUUUAAUGUGAAGUUUUCCGAGUCACGUCAUGGUGACACUUGUUGUUGAACUUUUAUUUUGUAAUCACUGUUGCACAAUUUAAGCUUGUCACCCAGAAUCAUGAGUUUUUUAUUUAACUGUAAAUAUCUGUGUUUUUAUUAUGCAUUAUUAUUAGUGUUUUUAUUGUAAUUAUUGAAAGCAACCUGCUUUUAUUGUUUUAGAUAUUAAGAAAAAGUGGCCAUUUACAUUUUUCAGCUCCUCACAAUCAUCAUAAAGCUAAUUGCUGCUGGGUAUUUAAGCUCUCGUAAAAACAAUAUAGUAUAAUCCUUGUCAGUGUUAUUAUAAGCGCCAUUAAACGGUCCGACUGCAACACUUUUCAUGUUAUCUUGUUAUAUCUUGGCAGAUAAGACCGUGUGGAUUCCACGACUCAGUGUAUGUUUCAACACCACAAAGCGAAGGAAUUUCCCUUAGGCAAACCCCAAAGCCUUGUUUCUUUUUUGUCUGCAUUGUUGCAACAUGGGUGUGUGGACUGGAUGAUACAAACAGGUGGUGACGUCAUGUGUCAGGUGACAGUGAGACAGAGGCAGAGAGGAAACAAAGCUCUCUGUUGGUGCGACGCCUCCACAUAGCUCUCUCUGUUUAUUCUCAUCUGAAUACAUGUCUGUGUGUUUGGUGGACAGAGCACAGUGGAAUAGAAGAUUAAAUCUCACAGUGCAUGUUGUGCUAAACGUGUGGUUUCACCUCCAUGUUGUGCAUGUUACGGCCUGCCAGAGACUCCUGAUUCCUGCGCACUAAGCAAGAAAGAAAUGUCAAAUGUGACCUGAAAUAAAGCAUAUUACUUUCA